AUGACUCGCUUCUUCGUGUCCUUCUCCACGAUGCUCCUUCUGGGGCUCUCGCUGUUCGCAGUCUCCCCUGUGGGCGCUGCGGGCUUAGCUGGAGAUUCCAUCGCAGCGCGCGCUGCCGAUGCCCCGACUUGCCAGUGCAAGGACAUCUUCACCAACGAUGUUGACAGGGACACUACUGGGAGCUGCUGCGCUCGAGUCCAAGGGACCCCCGUCAAUUAUGGCUGCAUGACGGAUCAGACAGGCGACUUCAUCGAAUGUUGCGGUGCCAGCAACGAACAGGGCGGAUGUUUCUAA